CCUGUGCACGUCUCGUGCAACAGGUAGAACAAUUUACCGCGACUAUUAUUAAUAUUAUUACUAUUAUUAUUAUUAUUAUUGCAGUUUUUUUUAUUUUUUUACGGAAGAACAAAAAAAACCACAGUGAUCAGAAAAGACGUGGCGUUUCUGUUUUUUUUGUUGUUGUGUGUUUCGAAUGACGGAGUGGAUAUCGAACAGUUUUUCUACUUGGGACUUGUUUAUUCCUGGGUUUUAAACAUAUCUGCUUUAAGUCACCAUGCGCCUCAUCCAGAACAUGUCUACUAUAGUGGAGUUCCCCAGCUCGGAGUGCCUGUCCAAACGCGUCAUUAAGAUAGCCGUCCUCGGGGGCAGCGGUGUGGGCAAAACGGCGCUCGUUGUUCGCUUCCUCACCAAACGCUUCAUCGGCGACUACGAGAGAAAUGCAGGCAACCUGUAUUCCAGAGACGUCCAAAUCGACGGAGAACAAGUGGCUGUUCAAGUGCAGGACACCGCUGGGGUCCAGGUAAACUCCAAUGGCCUGAGUUGCACUGAGCACCUGAGAUGCUCCAUCCAGUGGGCAGACGCCGUGGUCAUGGUCUACUCUGUGACCGACAGUCACAGCUUUGACCUUAUUAAUCAGCUCCAUCAGCUAGUCAGUCACGUGUAUGCCGAUAGACCAACACCACCAGUUAUCCUGCUGGCCAACAAGGCGGACAUGGUGCAUGUGAGGCGGGUGGAGGCUCAGCAGGGCCCGGCGCUGGCCUUGGCACUCGGUUGCACGUUCUACGAGGUGUCAGCAAGCGAAGACUACAGUCAGGUGCACGGAGCUUUCCACAGACUUUGCACAGAGCUCGCCAAAAGACAGGUGCCAUUUAGCACCAGUGCAAAUGCAGCCUCAGCCAGCAAUGAGAAGAAAAGGUCACCUCUUAUCCCCAGGCCCAAAUCUCCCAACAUGCAGGACCUGAAGAGGCGCUUCAAACAGGUGCUGUCUGCCAAAGUGCGCACAGUCACCUCUGUCUGAGGAAGAGAGCGAGGGAUGAGCUCAGAUGUAGGGCUAGACAAGAUAAGAGGGAACGGUUGAGUGGCGGGGCGAAGAUCCCCAAGAUAGAGGCUCACUGAGGUAAAGUUUUGGUCUUGCUUAUGAGCUAAACUGCUAAGAAGCAUACCACAUCUAGAGGGUGCUGAAUUAUGACCACUGAAAUCGGUGACCUCUGACUUGUGAACUUUGACCAUCUUGGUGGUGGAGGUUAAGCCACCUGUGCUGCUGUGAACGACUUGAAUGACGAGAGCGGAUACAGCAGGAUACUGAGAACCGUGGCGUCUAAAAUCGCCUCGGAGAAUGCAAAAAGACACUUGGACUAAAUAAACAUUAACGUACGCACACACUGCGUUAUAUCUGUAGACAACUUCACCUGGCAACAGAGCUUGUGAGGACAGAGGGCUGGGUGUUUUUCACCGACGCAAACGUUUUUUUUUUUUGUGAAGGCUUUCAGCUCUCAGCAGAAACAAACUGAAAGCAGGCAUUGUUAAAGGAACGAGGCACUAAAGCUGAAGGCCACAAGCCAUAUGUGUGUUUCUGUGUGAAACUCAUCAGUGCCAAUUAGUACAAUUUUUUUUUUUAAUGCACUUUACAUCAUGCCCCAUGGCUAAGGCUUGAUCUUAUUUAUUGUUUUGUGAUUGAAAAUAAAAUAUACUUGACUUUGAA